UGUUUAAAUCUAUCAUAAUCUACUUCUUAUCUAAUUUAGAACAAAAUCUAGAAAAUACUUGUUUACUUCAGAACUGAAAUUUGUAAUUAAAUUUAUUUAGAAAACAGAAAUAAAUAAACAGGUAAAAAGAAGGAAGGAUAUAUCGUGUUAAGUAAAUCACGGAAAAAAACGUUUCCGGCAACAAACAAUGGAGACUCCUAACUCCACCCGCUGGCCGGACCUCCCAGUGGACAUCUUGAGAUCUCUGUUCGAACGUUUGAGUUAUAUAGAUUUCCACAGGGCUAAGAUGGUAUGUUCGAACUGGUACUUGUGUUCCAAGCAAACGUUAGGGCCAAAAGGCAGAUCUCCAUUGCUGUUGCUGUCUCCAGAAGAGGGUGGUUGUCGUCUCUACAACCCAGAGGAAGAUAGGGUUUACGUGCCGAGGAGGGACUUUUCAGGGUGUCGAUUCCUUGGAAACUCAGGUAAGUGGUUCCUUGUGGCGGAUUCUCAAUCCAAUCUCUAUAUCGUAGAUGUGUUUAGCGAUGAGAAGAUAGAUCUUCCACGUCUAGAGCUGGUGUCGAAAGAUGGUUGCGUUCAUAAUCUUGAGCCAUUAGGAGAUGGAGAUUUUGAGGAGAUGUUGGUUGGUAGAAACUAUGGGAUUCGUAAAUCUGCGGAAGAACUGAGAGGUCGAGUUUGGGUAGACGACAAGACGGGAGACUACGUUGUCGUGUGUCGUUUUGACAGAUGUGACUAUAUGCGGUUUUGCAAGAAAGGGGUUGAUCGUUACAGUGAGAUUCAAACACGGGUUGGUGUUAACGUGUUUUUAAAAGGCCAAGAUGAUAUGGUACUCAAUGGCUAUAACCUUUACGUCUUUACUCCCCGUUGCUCCCUUCGGAACAUAGAUUUGUCUGGCAAAGACGGUUUUGAGGAUGUCACUAAGCAACCCAUGUUUACAUGGUAUAAGCCAUUUCCAAGUGCAGAAGAAAAGGAACGAAUGAGAGCAUUUAAGCCCAUCUCAGAAAGCUAUAACAUUGCUGUUACAAGAUCAGGAGAGGUUUUGUUGGUCCAUAAUUACACUUACGAGUCUACUACUACCUUUGAAAAGCAUAGGACGUUCGGCGUGUACAAGAGGCAACUUAAACAUCUAGAAGACCCCGAGACCUCCUACAAGCCCUGGCUUGUUGAGGUGGAUUCUCUUGGGGAUGAGGCACUGUUUCUAGAUUUGGGUAUCACCCUGCCUGCUGACGCCACACUUGGUAUCGAGCCAAACUCCAUCUAUUUCACCCGUGAUGACCGCUUCCGUCUCAUGCCACUUUCAUUCCUCGACAUUUGUGUCUACAACCUUGUAACAAAGAGCAUCAAACGCUUCCCUACUCUCUCCUCCAAAUUAAAACUAAAGGACGCUCAGUGGUUUAUCCCCUCUUGAUUUGUUUCUUUCUGAUGCAUUAUGGUGUUGUUGAGACAUUUCUAGGCUAUGAUUUGCUAGCCUUUUUUAUUUUCUUCUGAUAAUAUAGAUAAUCUACAACAUUAUGAGAGCUUAAUCAAGGAGUUUGCCAAUUCACUA